CUAUUUUACAGCUGCUUGAUUGUCGGGUUGGCAGUAAACAAAAAACAUUGACGAUUAUUAAAAAUAUUUAUGCGGUGGCAUUCGAUUCAAUGAGUAAUUUAAAGCAGGAUCUCGAUGAGUAUUUACUGCUGCAGAGCGACCAAAAGAAGAACUUCAAUGUCAAGCUGCCACAGAUUAAAGUGCCCGGGCUGGCGCAAAUCUUUUCGCGCACAAGCGAACAGCCCGAGGCAAACAGUUGGCUAAAGGACACACAGGACUCUUGCUGCCCCAAGCUGUCCCGCCUGCAGCGCAUUGUUGGCUUCGUCGCUUGCCUGGGCAUGGGUUGCCUCUGCAUGACGCUCUCCACGCUCUAUAUUCCAGUCUUGAUGCUCAAGCCGAAGUUUGCGCUGCUCUUCACUCUGGGCAGUCUCUUCUUCAUCUUGAGCUUCUGCUUCCUCAUCGGCUUUCAGGCAUUCUUCAAGCAAAUGUUCUCGCGCCCACGCCUCGUCACCUCCAUCUCCUACAGCGCGUGCCUUACCUCAACGCUUUACUUUGCGCUGGUGGCCAAGAGCACCGCCUUCACGGUUCUCUUCGCCGUCGGCCAGAUCAUCACGCUGCUCUUCAUGCUGCUGGGCAUGGUGCCGGGCGGUGCGACGGGCCUCAAGUUCUUUGGUCAGCUCUUCAAGAGCAGCGUCUCCAGCUCGUCCAGUGCACUGCCCGUUUGAGCUCGUACCAAGAAAUCAAAAACAAUUUUACAAAUUAUACAAUACAAAUUAUUUAUUAA